UCUAAAAAGUGGGGUGGGGCUCGUUAUAAGAGAAUGAAAAGCUGCUCAAUAAAACAGCCAUGAGUGACAAUGAAAGAAGUAGAUCAUUUUCUGACCCUGGAAUGACUGGAGGCAAUAACUCAGCCUUGAAGCCUAGCUGUAAGAAGAAGCUGACCCUGUGUGUGGUGGGCAGUGGAGGAGUGGGCAAGAGCUCUCUCACUGUGAGAUACUUGCAGGGACAUUUUUCAGAGUAUUACGACCCAACAGUAGAGGAGAGUUACAUCACACAAAUUGAGUACGGAUUCGAUCAGCAUGAUGUGGAGAUUAUUGACACAGCUGGCCAAGAGGAGUUCAUGCUCUUCAGAGACUCAUCACUAGCGAAGGGAGAUGCUUUCCUGGCUAUGUUUGCAAUUAACUCUCCUGAAAGCUGGUACGACGUUCAAAAGCUAAGAGCAAAGAUAAUUCAGGAAAAUGAUGGAGAUGAACGGGUACCAAUGGUUUUCAUCGCAAAUAAGAGUGAUUUAACUCCAGAAGAAUCACGAAAGGUUAAUUUUGAUGAAGUUUUGGAAUACUGUGAGUCAUGUGACUGUCCACUAUUGGAAACCUCCGCAAAGACAGGACUAAACGUUGUAGAAAGCUUCAGAUUACUGCUCGACAGAAUAUCAGAAAUAAAGCCAACAAACUUCAAGGACUCAAUACUGACUUUGCCUGAUCAUAACCUAACUAAAAAGGAUGAUAGCAAAUGUGUUAUAUCAUAAAUUGAUUUUUUAGUUUGCCACUUGUUAUGUAUAGUUAUAAUUAUAGCAACACGAUUUCCCUCCUAAUAAUUGAUUGGCAUGGUUUCAACUUGA